CCCUAACCCUAAGGGUUUCAGAAGACGAGCUUUUUGUGGAGAAGAUUGAAGAUUUAGUUGCAACCUUUGCGUCCCCUAAGAUUUGAUCAAGUCCCUCUUGUCCUAAAAGUACCCUCCUUGCCUCUCUUGCUCAACCGGCCCUCUAAUAUUCAACUGUCGGCCACUCGUUCAUCUGCGGUUGUGCCAUUAGCUCCCUUCUUUUCGCCCAGAACGGCCCCAGACUCUGUCCACGCCCUUUCCCUGGCUCCCCGGCUUCUCUGCCCCCCUCAUGGGCACCGUAUCAGACAAUAGUGCCACAUUCCCUUCAUCGCUGACAGCCUCUCUUCACCCCUAACCGCCUUGCCAACGCCCAACGCCAACACAGCCCAAUGGAGGCAAAAGAUAUGAUGAUGACGAACGUGUCAACAACAGAAGAGGGGGAGACCAGGGGAGAAAGGGGGGAAGGGAGAGUGGAAGUAGAGGGGAAAGAGGAGGAGACCCAAGAGGAAAAUGUUAACUUGGUUCUGGCUGAUGGUCUUGGAAACAAAGGACCAAAAAGCCUGACCUCUGACUCCGGUCAGCAGGUUUCUAACGGCUACACAACAUCCACCCCUCAGAGCCCCAGGGAGGGGUCGGCACAGAGAACAGCCGCAGGGGCGGCUACCACGCCUACGGGGGGAACCGGGUUAGCCGGGCCGCUGGGAGGUCUGAGAACUCUGGUGGUCCAGCAGACCAGCUUAGAGAGGCCCAGAGAGACCUGGAGCAAGAAGAUGGACUUCCUGUUGUCUGUGAUCGGCUAUGCGGUGGAUCUCGGAAACGUCUGGAGGUUCCCGUACAUCUGCUACCAGAAUGGAGGAGGUGCCUUUCUGCUGCCCUACCUGUUGAUGGCUGUGUUUGGAGGAGUCCCUCUGUUCUACAUGGAGCUCGCUCUGGGCCAGUUCCACAGCAGCGGCUGCAUCUCCAUCUGGAAGCACAUCUGCCCCAUCUUCAAAGGAAUCGGCUUUGCCAUCUGCAUCAUCGCCCUUUACAUCGCCUUCUACUACAACACCAUCAUGGCCUGGGCGCUCUACUACCUGCUGUCCUCUUUCCGACCCACCCUGCCCUGGACCACCUGCACCAACAGCUGGAACACGGCGAACUGCAACCGCUACUUGUCGUCGGACCAGAACGUGUCCUGGUCCAACUCGUCCACGUCCCCCGCCGAGGAGUUCUAUACGCGCCACGUGCUUCAGGUCCACCUUUCCCCAGGUCUGCACCAGCUGGGAUCCAUCAGCUGGCAGCUGGCCCUCUGUUUGCUCUUCAUCUUCACCAUCGUCUACUUCAGCAUCUGGAAGGGAGUGAAGACGUCUGGAAAGGUGGUAUGGGUGACAGCGACAUUUCCUUACCUGGUCCUCCUGGUCCUUCUCAUCCGAGGGGCCACACUGCCAGGGGCCUGGAGGGGCGUGGUCUUUUAUCUCAAGCCUGAUUGGGAGAAACUGCUUAGCACUACGGUUUGGAUCGACGCAGCAGCUCAGAUCUUCUUCUCCUUGGGUCCUGGGUUCGGUGUGCUGCUCGCCUUCGCCAGCUACAACCCCUUUCACAACAACUGCUAUAAAGAUGCGCUGGUCACCAGCUCAGUGAACUGCCUGACCAGCUUCCUGUCUGGUUUCGUCAUCUUUACCGUGCUGGGCUACAUGGCAGAGAUGAGAAAGCAAAAUGUGGACGACGUGGCGAAGGAUGCGGGUCCCAGUCUGUUGUUCAUCAUCUACGCUGAGGCCAUCGCCAACAUGCCCGCCGCCACCUUCUUUGCCAUCAUCUUCUUCCUGAUGAUCAUAAUGCUGGGUCUGGAUAGCACGUUUGCAGGUUUGGAGGGGGUAAUCACAGCAAUGCUGGAUGAGUUCCCUCACCUCCUAGCUAAGAGACGCGAGUGGUUUGUCUUUGGCCUUGUCUGUGUGUGCUACCUCGGGGCUCUGUCCACUCUCACAUAUGGAGGAGCAUUUGUGGUGAAGCUGUUUGAAGAGUACGCUACGGGCCCCGCUGUCAUCACCGUGGUUUUGCUGGAGGUCAUCGCCGUGUCCUGGUUCUACGGUACCAACCGUUUCUGCAACGACAUCCAGCUCAUGCUGGGUUUCUAUCCGGGUGGGUUCUGGAGGAUCUGCUGGGUGGCCAUCUGUCCCUGUUUCCUUCUGUUUAUCAUUAUCAGUUUCCUGGCGUUCCCUCCAGAGGUGAAGCUGUUCCACUACCAAUACCCACCAUGGACAACUGCCCUGGGUUACUGCAUCGGCGUGUCCUCAUUCAUCUGUGUGCCUGCUUAUAUGGUCUACCACUUACUGAAUGCUAAGGGUACAUUCAAGCAGCGCCUGUUGAAAAGCAUCACUCCCCAGCCCAGCAGCAACAGCCACAGAGAUUUAUUUGUGACCAACGCAAUCUGACCAAACCUGUUACCACAACAAGGCGCAGGUCCCAGCUACCUGGAGCGCCAUCUUCUGCACAUACAGCAAAACUACAGGGGAAGGGGGCUGUCUGCAACCAUUCUUUCAUCUUUUCAAACAUCUCUUCUACUCAUUCCCACGUCGAUUUAGUUUGCAAGAACAUUUUAGUUACUUUAAAACCUAAUCCUCAGAGUUUGGGGCACGCAGAGCUUCAUGUCCCUUCCUUUAAAACUCCAAAGCGAUAAAGUAACAGAUGUUUUGUAAGCUUUUAAGUACGAUACAGUCAUGUGUUGGUUUAGACAAUAAAAACACACAGCCAGACAGGAGAUCCUGCUCAUGCAGCUCGGUUAGGGCAGGUCACAUGUAAACACUACUCUGCAUUCUCAUUAUCUAUGACUUUAGUCUCAUAUAAAUACUGUUAAGUUAUCCUUUCUAAUAUGUAGCAAAAUUCAGGUAUUUUUACAUCUGUUACUGAAGCCAAAUAUUCCAAAUUUGUUCUGUUUCUGUUUCAUAACUGUUGCUGUUGUCAUGCUGUUGUUGACUGUGUUGAUCUGAUGGAAUCUGGAGCAACUGGCAGACUUUUGCAAAGAGGUCCCUACACUGUGAAGCACUGUGGCAUGAGUGUGUGACUGAACCGUGUGUUUGAUGCGUACAUGACUGACUGUUAUAUCAUCCAGAGGGAAAUGAAUCCCAGACAGGAAAAAAAUAAAAAUAAAAUAAACACAACAAUUGUGUUAACUCAGAGACUGCAAUAUAAUAUAAAUGUAUUUAUUUCUGAAUGUGUCAGUGCUGUCACUUUGCCUCACCUUACGUGUUCUUGCACUGUCAUGGUGAAACGGUGUUUCAUCCCAAUGAUAGAAGCCAAAUACAGAUCAGAGCUAAUACCAUAACUAUCAUCAUAUUUUUGUUGUGGGGGGAAAAAAAAAUCAGCAUUUAAGCUCCUUUACAUACAACCCUAACAAAAAAACACAGAGAAAAAAUGUGUGCCUGCUUGUAUGUGUGUUUUUUUGAGAGUGUGUGCACGAGCAGGACAUAAAAUCUGUGGGAGAACCGUCCAUCUACAUGUGAAAUGACUAGUCCCUCUUGGUAUCGGUGUAAUUUAUCGUGUGAACACCUGCUUCCUCCUUCCAUGGACGUGGAACUGCAUGUGCGUUCAGUGCUUGUGUGAUGGUCAGAAGCACCUUUAUGUGUGCCUGUCGUGGUGCGCGAGUGUAAGUGGGUAAGUGUGUGCUUGUGUGAGAGAGAGUGUGUCCGUGACGUGAACUCAUGUGGUCUUGUUAAAUGCCAAAACAUUUCAUAAAGAGCGUAAACCUCCCCUUCUCUUUCUAUCGCUCGAUGCUUAUGUAAGAUCUAUGUAUGUCAAUACACGGCUGUACUGAGAAUCAUCUGUAUAGAAUGAAGAAUAUAUAAUUAUAUGGGAAAUAAAAAAUAAUAAUAAAGAUAUA